AGCUACCAAAGCCAUUGUCUAAUAAUAUUGCAGCUAUACUUACUCCAAAUUAUGAUUAUGUGGUCUCAGAACAAUUAUUGGCAUCAAAUAUAAUAGACAUUGCAGUCAUAUUUACUUCAAAAUUUGACUCAAAACAAUUGUCAGUCUCAAAUACAAUAGAAGCUUUGUAUUAUGUAAACACGGAAUGA